GGCGCCGCUGUGCGGCGUGAAGGACAGGGCGCUCUCUUUACCGCCCGCCCGCCGCUUGCCUUCCUGACGCCCUUCUCCUCCGCCUUGCCGCCUGCUCCCAGCAGCAGAGAGUCGCAGCGGAAGCCGCCAGCAAAGAUGCUGAGCUUUUUCCGUCGAACCCUUGGACGACGGUCUAUGCGUAAGCAUGCAGAAAAGGAACGGCUAAGAGAGGCCCAAAGAGCUGCAACGCACAUCCCUGCAGCUGGGGAUGCAAAAUCCAUCAUUACUUGCCGAGUAGCGCUGCUGGAUGGAACAGAUGUCAGCGUGGACUUACCGAAAAAAGCCAAAGGCCAGCUCCUGUUUGAACAGAUCAUGUAUCAUCUGGACCUUAUAGAAAGCGACUACUUUGGAUUAAGGUUCAUGGAUUCCGCACAAGUGGCACAUUGGUUGGACAACACAAAAAGCAUUAAAAAGCAAGUUAAAAUUGGCCCGCCAUAUUGUCUGCAUUUUCGUGUAAAGUUUUACUCAUCAGAGCCCAACAAUCUACGUGAAGAGCUGACAAGGUAUUUAUUUGUUCUGCAGCUAAAACUGGAUAUUCUUAGUGGAAAACUGGAAUGUCCUUUUGACACAGCCGUCCAGUUGGCAGCUUAUAACAUGCAAGCUGAACUCGGAGACUAUGAUCCUGCCGAACAUGUCCCUGAACUGGUGUCUGAGUUCAGGUUUGUUCCCACUCAGACUGAAGAGAUGGAACUCGCCAUUUUUGAGAAGUGGAAGGAAUGCAGGGGGCAAACACCAGCACAGGCUGAAACUAACUACUUAAACAAAGCUAAGUGGCUGGAAAUGUAUGGUGUAGACAUGCACAUAGUCAAGGCAAGAGACGGCAAUGAUUACAGCCUGGGACUAACACCUACAGGAGUUCUUGUCUUUGAAGGGGACACAAAGAUUGGUUUAUUUUUCUGGCCAAAGAUAACACGGCUUGACUUCAAGAAGAACAAACUCACUCUAGUUGUUGUUGAAGAUGAUGAACAGGGAAAGGAGCAGGAGCACACUUUUGUCUUUAGACUGGAUCAUCCCAAAGCCUGCAAACACUUGUGGAAAUGUGCAGUGGAACAUCACGCCUUCUUCCGGCUCCGAGGUCCUGUCCAAAAAAGCUCAAGUCGCUCAGGCUUCAUUCGGUUAGGGUCCCGAUUCCGAUACAGUGGGAAAACAGAAUACCAAACCACUAAGACCAACAAAGCCAGGAGAUCAGCAUCCUUUGAAAGGAGGCCCAGCAAGAGAUAUUCAAGACGAACACUACAAAUGAAAGCACAUUCUGCUAAACUUGAAGAAACAAGUAAUGCAAACAAUGCUGCCAUCAACCAAACUAAUGGAUCACAACGCUGGAAUGCAAACCCAAACCUACCUGUCCUAACCGUGGUUCCUUCUGCCCCAGUCUUAGUGGAAAUAGAAAACCUGCCAAGGAGCCCAGGAGCCAGCCAGCAAGACAAGAAGUGCGUACCUCUUGUUGAUUUGCUAGACAGCACGGAGUUGCCAGAAACUUGUGUUGAUGAUGCCGUAGGCCGUCCAGUUGUUGGCUUGGCAACAGGAGAUUCAGAAGAGGCUAUUAAUUGCCCUCAUCCUGGCACAAAGGAAACUGCUAGUGAAAAAGCAGACUCUGAUUUGUUUGAAGACACAUUCCUAAAGCUGAAACAGCUGGAGACAGAGUGCAGCAGCCCCGUGCCAACAGAGCGUCCCAACGUAAACAUAAACGUACAGGAUGAGGUGGUGAAGUUGACAGAUAAAUGUCUGAACAAUGCAAUUGAGAGCCCAAUCGCAGCAGCGCCAUGGCUUCCAGCAGAUAUCAAAAGCAAUAUCCUGAAGGCCCAGGCAGAAGCAGGGCACAAGGUCGUAAGAGAAGACAGCCUGACAGGUGUCAAGAAUUCCAAUAUUCAGGAUGCUGCUGCCAGGAACAUUCUCCCACCAGGCAAAACACAGAGUAGUCCCCCGACAACCAGUCCGGUAUUUCAAGACCCAAGAGAGCUGCUGAAAGCAAUCCCUGCCUCAAACACCUUUGUUCCUAACACGUUAAAUGAGGACAACGCUGCCUCUAACCAUGAGGACCUGCUGAUUCCAGCUAAUCUGGCUGCAGCUGAGGAGGCGGCUGUUUCAAAGAGCCCUCCAGAUGACCAGGACGUUUCCUUAACAUCAUUGACAGAGAAUCUAAUUGACUUUACAGAAGCCACACCUCGGGUGUCUUCCCAGCCCACAAUAAUGCCGAGGUGGAUAGUGCCAACUGGACUGGUUUCCAAUGGGCCUUUGGGAAAUGACGUUGCCUUGGCGGUGAAGGCAGUGAAAGGCAGCGCGGAGACUCUGUUGUCGUCAGCUGGGUUGCCAGCGUCCCAGCAGACAUCCGAAGUCCUUGCGAGCCCAGUCACUGAGGAUGCUACAAUAAGAACAAAAUGUUUACUCACCACUGAACUCUAGAAGAAGGAGUUUCUGCACUUCCCACCUUGUAAAAACUCCAAUCUUCUAACAUAUCCCCAAGGCAUCCUUCUGAAAGGCUUCCUUGGGAUCAAACUCUUGCUGAACAGGAGUCAAACAGCCAGCUGGUUUACUAGGAUCCAGGAAGAGACUUCUACAUUAAUUGCAAUCUAACUGGAAUUACAGUCUAAACGGCAUAUAAAACCACAUGCACGUUUGAUCUUCUGCCUCAGAAGAAGUGGAAUAACACACUGGAGCUAGUUCUGAACGUGAGGAACAGAAUCUGGUUGCGUUCUGCUCACACUAGGUUUAGUCUUACUUACCCUGUGCUGCCUCUCAAGUGUUAAAGGAGAGUGUUCACUGUGAUGUUAGGUGUGUAGUUUCCCAGCACGGUGUCCCUGACCUCUUAGAGUCAUAUUGGAAAGAUUAGGAGAACUUGUAGGGCCACCUUGUGGUCACUCUGUGUACGGUGGCUCGCGGUAGUGAUCACUGUUACAUACAGCCAAGGACGUUUUCUUCUGUGUGAUUACUCCUUCUCCUUCCUUCGUUUCACCAACACAUACUCUCCUUUUUGGCCUUAAACCCCUUAAAAUAUUCCUUGCACCUCGUUACAGUACCUGGAAAGAAUGAAAAUCUAGUCCAUCAGUGACCAAUUACAUUGACUGGAUUCGAGCUGCUCAUUGCAACCAGGGAAAGGAAGACUAACCUGCCAAACAGCUCAUAUCGUUAGCAGACCACAGCAGAGGUCCCACAUUUUGACACCGAUUAUUUCAUUUCCUAUAUGACUCAAAUACAUGCGUUUUAGACUGGAGGUAUGUAUGUUUUAAAUGCUGGAGUAGUGAAGGUGUGAGUACAGCUUACUUCAGGAACUGCUUAUUGGUUAGUUUUGUUGUCAUGUAGGACUAAGAAGAAAAAUAAUUUUCUUGUUUCUAUUCUAUACUGUUUCUGGGUGUUGUUUCCAGGUGCUGUGCUUUGGGAAUACUUACCAGGUAUGUUAGCGGCAUGAGGGUACAACUAGAUCAGUUCUUAACACCACCCCGAAUCCUGUUCCAAGUGUCAUCAAAUAGUUAUAUGUGGAACAAAGAAUAGAAAGAAUAAGAUGAAAACAGGAAAAAAAGAUGAAAAGCUCCUGUAAGCAGUUCACUUCUUUGUGGAAGGAAGGUUGGAGCACUUGCAAGAGCAUGCUCCACAGAGCUGGUGAAGGCCUUUUGGUGCUCAGGUGAAGUACAGGAUACGAUGUGCCAGAGAUCGUUUGAGCCCUGGGCAGCAGGACCCUCAUGUGGACGUGCAGAGGUGAGCACGUGGACCCUGGGGGUGCAGCUUGCGAAAAAGGUCAAUGCAGAGUCAGAGCGAGGAGAAAUACAGAAGCCAGAUGAUGAAUUCCACAUCCAGCAGGGAAGCACAGAUGAAGCACCUGGGAUCUUUCUUUCUUAGGAAGAGGUUUGUACAUAUGACUGGGGUUGGAGGAUGUUUUCUGCAUAGUGCUGCUGUUUAUUUAUAUACAUGUGGUUCUUAAAAACAAUUUUAAAUGUGAAAGUUGGUUCUGAAACCUGUCUGCACGACUUCAUUUCUGCACACCGGCUGCCCGCACGUCUCAGUGUAGACAAAGAUUUGGACCAAAGCAGUGUGGGUUGUGCAGGUAAGCUGGUGACCGGCUGGGCUGCUUCUUUCAGACUUGGGUGUCCUUACCGCUGCUCUGGUGCUCUUGUUUGCAAGAUGCUGAAUGAGGGUGUUCGGGAAGAAGCCACGUGGCAUUUACAUGGCCCACUGCCACUCCUCGAAACCACCGAGGCCUUAAUAGAGAAACACAGAAACCACGGGGAGCUCUCAGGGCUCACGUACCAGAGCGGCUCUCUGCAGACAAUGAUGUGCAGCCGUUGCCUCAAGAACCAGGAGUCAAUGCUGGUGGCAGGUGCUUCAGGUCCCCCCCUGCCCCAGCCAGCGCCGGCAGGCUCCCCGCUCCCCAGCCAGAGGGGAGCUGAUGCUCUGGACCAGGUCUGUCCUUGUUGCUUCCAGUUGAAUAUUGGCUUUUUUUAUAUAUAUACUUUUAAGUCUGAGCCUUAUUGCAUAUUAAAACGUAGAAGGUUCCUGAUUCAACUAUCAAAUGUCUUAGUCUGGAUUAAUAAUGCAGUUGCUAGCAAAGUUCCUGCAGGAAAAGGGAAGCUACGGCUGCAACAGCCUGCUUCCAGCACAAAGCCAGGACUGUGUGGGGAAACUUGGCACUCGCUAUUGAUCUGUUUGCUCAGCAGCUGAGCUGGCGUUCGCCAGCUACAUGUGUUGGGUUUGUAAAUAGACAGAAUGCAGUAGCGCUUUCUUGAAGGCGUGUUUGAUAUUUGACUCUUCCCAUUGGGUUCAGGAGCUCUGUGAACUGUCAGCUUGAAUCUCUCCCAAAAGCGGAAUAACGGGAGUUUACAGUUUUACAGCAUUGCGUGUUCAACACCAUCCUUACAUUCCUCCCAAGCAAUCACAUACAGCAAAUAGCAAGUAAAUAACAUGUGUGGUGAGUGUGUCCCCCUAAAAUCUACAUGGUUCCAAGCAGCCAGCUGUUAUUUCAGCGUGGUCGAGAUAGGUGUGAUUGAAAGGGAAUGUGGUUUUUACCGAUGUGUGCGCACACACAAGAAUUUGAGAGGGGCAAGGGUUUUCCUCAACCUUCCUCAACCUCCUCUUCUUCAGAGGACUAAUACUUGAAAAUUUAAUUAAAAAUUCAAAAUUUUCAACUGUUACACUGGGGACUUGCAAUUUCCAGUCGAUUUGGGGCUGCAAACCCAACUCUUUCCCAUGACAUUUCAUAUGUGGAGCAAAUAUUCGCUCCAUUUAACUCAACGUAGCUUAUUUAGCUAACCCAAAUCACUGUUCACGUAGGGAGCCUGGCGGGACUAAGGUGCCGCAGUUAUGUGGUCUCAUCAGACACACAGGUGCGUGUCUGAACAUCCUGUAGUUCGGCAUCACUAUUUUGCUUUAACACUAGCGGUAUCGUGCUGUAUCACGACUGGCAAACAGGUAACAGAGCAUUACUCAUCACCUGCGUAUCAAACACAAAUAGGUAUAAUAGUUCCUACAGUUAAAUGUUGUGAAGUAUUAAUUAAUGCCUGUGUGACACUGAGAAAAGGGGCUUUUCUUACUAUUGUCAUACUAUUGACUGAUUGGCUGUAAGGUCCAAUUAUCCUCUAAAAGGUUUUUUUUUAUAUAUAUAUUUAUUUAAAGAGAUUUAUAAAUAAAACUUUUGUAUGAAUCUGUUGUUGGGAUGCUGGCUGGUCUGCCGACCACCUAAAAGCUUUAAGAGUUGACAGGAAUGAAUAAAUGCAUCUUCUGUUACAGGCAUUCGGAAAAAGCCAGCUCCCUGGUUUAAAGAAAAAAAAAAAGAGUCUUUUUUUUUCCCUAAGAGAGUUAUCCCCUAUUGACUCACUGACUUACUAACCCCUGUCCCAGCCUGUUCCCCUUCACUGGCCUUGGACCCUUCUGCUGUGUGCGCACGUAAUGCUGAUCAGAGAUGGAUGCUUUUGUUUAACUCUAUAAUUAAAAAAUGGUAACUUAAACUAAAACCAUAAGUGAUUGGAUCUAAAAGUAAAAGUGAUUUUACUCCAAUUAUACUCUGUAAGUGAUUGAGUAAAAGAUUUUAUAGAAAUCUUAACAUUUCGAGUAACAAGAAAACCCCACCCCGUAUCUCAAAGUGAUUGAUCUCAGGGAGAUGCUGGAUCUCAGAGCUGGGUUUCAGUCUCGCCCAUUGAGUCCAACGGGAAGAGCCCAGAGGCGGCACGUGCCGAGUGCCAAUAAUGGACUUACAAGGUUUUGAAACACAUAUUAAAAUGUGGGAGUUCAGGCCCUCUUCCACUUGAAUUAAGGGAAUCCCUUCCUUAGUUCAGUGGUAAUGCUGUUUAAUAUUGGCAAGUCGUACGACGUAAAAUGACUGCUUCCCUGGUAAUCAGUCAUGGUUAAUGAAUUAGCUUGAAUGUGUUCAAUUUUAAACUUAAAUUCCAUGUAUACUUUGUCAAAGCCAGAGAGUGGUGUAAAAGCUAUGUUUUGGACAAUCUUUUGGCCACAACUUUGGCAAGAAAACUUGCAGCACUGGGAGGAGCUCGGGUGAACAGUCCAGUUACGUUUGGGUCUCUUCCCACACACUAUUUUUCAGCCGUUGCCUGUUAUGCCUUUGCCCGCACCUUGCUCCUUCUCGUUUCUUGAAGCAAGGGUGAACUGUUGAGAUCAGCGUGUCCUUCACAGGCAGCACUGGAUAUAUUUUUCACAUUGUGACAUAUUCUGGUACAACCCAAAUCUCCUAUAGAUCAAGCGUUAGCAGCUGUAUUUCCUGGCCAGUUGGCAAUUAAAGCUCUAUCUGGGCACGUAGAGUGUUCGUUAGUCUGGAAAGUUGUAGUACAAUUAUAUAGCUGUUAGACAUGGCAAUGUCACAGCUUUCAAAUGCAGCUGGACAAUCAUAACUUUUUAUACCAAAAAAUAAAAAUAAUCCAUGCUAAUGGCCUUCCAGUGACGCAGGUGUAAUCCGCGCGUGUUUGGUCCGAGUGUUGGCACCGUAGACACUAGUAGAAGACCCUCCCCACCCCGCUCAAGUGGAGGUAGAGCUGGCGCUGCCGUGGCCGUGUGCGCCCGCUGGAGGUGGGGAGUGGGUGCUCCCCCUGCGGUGAGCUGGGACCCUGCGCAGCAGGAGCUGCGGGGUUCUCCUGCAAAACUCGCCUCCUUUUUACUGUUUGGCUUGAGCGCUCUGCUUCAUAAACACACACGCCCCACACACACCUAUAACUGGACAAAUUUAUUUUUAAAAUACGUAAGGAUAUUUUUUUAGCUAGAAUUUUUUUGGUUAAAGCCACACUAACUACUGUAUUUUUACCUUUUAUAUGUGAAGCUUGGCAAUAGCUCUCAAUGUAUAAUUUAUUUGUUGUUUUUUUAUAAAGCGAAGUGGUACCCUCUAGCUUCUGUUUCACAACAAUAGCGAUGUAUGAACUGUUUUGGGCACUGCACUGAGAUCUGUAUUGAAACUGUACGUGGGAACAAGAAGCUGUGAUUUGUAGGCCACUACACAUUCUUGAAAUGUUUAUACUGUAGUUCUGUCUCAAAUAUACCACGUCAGCGCAAAAGUC